GCCGCUGAGCACCCUCCUCCCCUCGCUGAGGCGAGGGGCUGCCCGCGGGGCCGCGGCCACAUAAAGCGGCGAGCGGCUGCGCGUUUCCCGCCGCCCCUCAGGCGGCAGCCACCCCCCGCCUCCGCCCCGCCGCGCUCGGGGCUGGCCGGGAGGCGCGGGGCAGCCCCGCGGCGCCGACGAUGGAGCCGCCGGUGCCGUCGCCUCAGGAGCAGCCGCCGCGCUCUCGCUCCCACACGGUCACCACCACCAGCAGCUCCUUCACCGCCAACCUGUCGGCCAGCUCCAGCACCCUCGCUUACGACAGGGAGUUCCUGCGGACUCUGCCCGGGCUCCUCAUGGUGACCGAGAUCGUGUUGGGGCUGCUGGUGUGGACUCUGAUUGCUGGAACAGAAUACUUUCUAUAUCCGGCCUUCGGCUGGGUGAUGUUUGUAGCAGUGUUCUACUGGGUUCUUACCGUCUUCUUUCUGAUCAUCUACAUGACAAUGACCUACACCAGAAUCCCCCAGGUGCCAUGGACCACGGUGGGUCUGUGUUUUAAUGGAAGUGCCUUCAUUUUGUACCUCAUUGCUGCCAUUGUAGAUGCAGCGUCAGUUACCAAAGAACUGGACAGUCACAAUUACAACAGCUGGGCAGCUUCUUCAUUCUUUGCCUUUGUGGUUACCUCCUGCUAUGCCGGAAAUACGUAUUUUAGCUUUAUAUCUUGGCGAUCACGAACUUUGCAGUAAAUAGUUUGUUAAAAUGAAUUCUGUAGUAUAAAAUACCUUGAGAAUCACACUUUUUCGACAAAAGCUUGGAAGAGGGAUGAGGUAUUUUUGAACACUUCUGUUAGAGUUGACACAAUAAGUUUUAAGAUGAGAUUAAAUGAUUAUUUAUAAUGCAGUUCCAUCUUUAGAGACAUCUAACACUCUCUUUGUACUGUAUAAUAAAAUUUCAUACUGCUUCUUUUAACAUGGUAUUUUUCCAGACAUUGUAUAGAUGUUACUACUGAACCGUUAAUAAAUGUUACUCAAACAAUGUGCCAAUUUUGUAAAUGUAACUGUUAAAAUGUUACAGGUAUACUUUUGAUACUGAAUGCUACAAAUCAAAACUAAGAUUGUAUUGGUUUUAUGUAUAAAAAAUGACAUUGUGCAGAAAAAAAACCCACCCAAAACUUCAAAAAUAAAGAAAAUAUAGACCCGA